UUCUCCUCCAGAAAUGACCGGUUAAUGAAUCUCAGAGAAGGCAUCCUUUUUUGGAGAUUCUUGAAUCUACAGGUGGAUUAUGGAUACCAAAAAGGGCCAAGAUGAUGACGAAGAGAACGACACAAAUACGAGGCCUAACUCUUUGGGACAUUACACAACUCAGGGCGUAAGGAAGCUUUACGAGAACCAUCAGCUUUGUGAUGCCACCUUGGUAGCUGAAGGAAGGAAUUUCCCAUGUCACCGGGCAUUGUUGGCCUCAUUCAGCCCUUACUUCUAUGCCAUGUUCACCAGGCCCUUUAGAGAAUACUGGGAAAGGCACGUUGUGUUUGAAGAAAUGAAUGCUUCCAUCCUCCAGGGAAUUCUAAAUUAUAUCUACACUGGGGAAUUAUUGCUCACACCAGAGACUGCUCAAGAUCUCUUCACAGCAGCUAGCAGACUUGUCAUCCUCCCAUUAUUGGAGAUUAUUGGCAGAUUCUUGGCCAACAGCAUUUCUAUGGACAGCAGCCUAGGGACAUAUGCUUUGGCAUAUACUCACAACCACCAAGCGUUGCUCCGUGUGGCUGCACGCCACAUUUUCUUGAACUUUGAGCCUCUUUCUGCACACAAGGCCUUCCCAGGCCUGGAUCUUAGCACAGUGAUCAGCAUUAUUUCGUCAGACAAACUUCUGGUCUCCUCAGAAUUGACUGUCUACCAUGCCGUGCAGCACUGGGUAAGGUCCCAACCAGCUGAGCAUCUGACACUGAUCAAAAACCUAAUGAAACAAGUCCGCCUUCCACUUCUUACUUCUGAGGAGGUUGCUACUGUUCAGCAAGAUAUUAUUGCAGAGUAUGGACAUGCACACUUGCAGUGGGAGCAACUGGAUGGAGUCGGGAGACUCCUAAAGAGUGGGGGUCUCAGGCAUGGCAUGUAUGAUGACUGGAUUGUGAGCUUGGGCCUCUUUGUAAGCAACAUGCAAGGAGGCGUGGUUGAACGUCUGAAAACUCACUUCCUAGGGUUCAAUCUACAGAUGGAAAGUUGGGAGGAGAUCCCACCCUUAAUGUAUCUUGACUCCUCUGGUUUUUUGUCUGUGGGGCACAAGCUCUAUGUCUCUGGGGGACAAAGGCUUAAUGGAUCAGUAUUAGGUAAUCUACAUGAGUUUGAUGCACUUACAGGUCAAUGGAUUCAGCUGCCAUCCAUGUCUAUACCCCGCCGAGAACAUGGCUUUCUAGCAUGCAAGCAGAAACUUUAUGCACUCGGGGGACGAAGUGGAAGAAAUGUGCUUGAUUCUGCAGAAAGCUUUGACUUGGUACAGAAGUUCUGGUCUCCCAUAGCCAGCCUACCCUUUGCAGUCAGUCAUUUUGCUUCUGCCACCCUGAAGAACAAGCUCUAUCUAAUUGGAGGAUUCUCUCACACGAGGGCAAGUGGACUUGCUCACCGUGGCAUCCUGAUUUACAAUACAAACUUAGACAUGUGGAACCAGGUGCCCCUGGCUUUUCAGUGUUACAAAUCAACAGCAGUGACCAUGGACAAUGGGAUUUUUGUCAUUGGUGGACUAGUUGAGGAGAGCAGUCGACGGGAGACACCCGGCACUGUAAUCCGAGCUCUGAUCUCCGGCACCCAUAAGUGCUUUUUCCUCAGCAAAGAUGGUACUGUGAGCCAUGAUGUUGCUAUCCCAGAGCUCCCCAUCCUGGUCUUGCCACCUUGUGCAGUGCAGUGGCAGCGGAGAAUUCAUGUACUGGUAGGAAAUACAAUUUACCAGUGGAAGCCAGGAGAGCUCAGUUGGACCAGAAGUCGAAAAAGUGCUCCCAACACAAGGGUGACAUUCUUGACUGUAGUUAAUGGUGUGAUGCUGAGGGUGCCAAAGAAAAAUCUUCAGCCCCUUUUACGAGAUGCCUCUGCAGCAUUGACAGCAGUUUGGGUAGCUGAUCAGCAGCCUUACUGAUGCUCUCCAUUUCCAGGUCACUUCCUCAGCCUUUUGUUGGCACCCAAAGGAGGGAUUUUAUCGUACCAAGCUGUUCCCUUUGAGAUCAUCAUUUCCAAUUUCUUUAAGAUUUGAAUACACUUAAAUUACAUGCUUCUUAUAGCACUUGAGAUGGGUGUCUGUGGCUGAGAUCAAUUGCCUGGCUGCUGAAUAAAUUUGUUCCUACCA